GACGCACUAUUAAUACAAAUAGAAUAAAUAAAAUAUCAAAAUUAAAAAGCGCUAAUUUGUUCAAACAGCUAGCGCGCGUUUUUAAAUACAUUUAACAUAUCUAAAUUAAGUUAAACACAACUGUCUUCGUGAUACCACUUGCGACUUAAACGCGUUUUCAAAUCUGCAAUUUCGAUACGUAAAUUGCACUGCAAUUCCAUACGGCUGCGGCUUGGUUAAAACAAAAAAAAAAAAAACAUAAAAACAAUUUAACGUGUUUCCCAUCCGAGUAAAGGUCAAGAUGCAAAACAAUCCCAGUCCACAGCUGCCAUGCAAGGGCAUUUUAAAGACUUCGCGCAGCUUUGACAAGUCGGGUGCCAGUUUUCGCAAAAGUGCCAAGUUCGAUGAGCUGAACGUGAUGCAAACAUUUCAUCCAGCCGAUAAGGAUUACGGGCAUAUGAAAAUCGAUGAACCAAAAACACCUUUUAACUACACGGAGCCAUUUAAUGAGAACAGAGACGAGCUGGACACCGAACUGCUGGUUGAGAAAUUACGGAUUGCGGCCAGCACACAACAGUCUUCCCAAAGCAUUGACGAUGAAGGUUCUUCCGGCGAUGAUCAACCUAUUAGCGAAGAGGAGCGACAACGACGCCGUGAAUUCGAGCGGCGUCGCAAGGCGCAUUAUCGUGAAUUUGAGGCGGUCAAAUUGGCCCGCAAGCUAAUACAGGAAGAGGACGACGAUGAAGACGAUGGUAAUGACGCAGCUGUUGCUUCGGGGUCAGCACCAGGCGUUGCCUCUAGUUCCAGCACUUAUGCCAGCGGCUCGAAACAAAAGUCAAGUCCGAAAACAACAACAUCCGCGACCACCAGUGCGACCAGCAACAGCAGCAUCAUGGACCUGGAGCCGACUCACAAUUAAAAGCAAUAUGCAACACAAUAUUUACAGGGUUCUAACUGACGUUGUUCGUUGAUGUUGAUGUUAAUGUUGUCCGCGUAGGGCGGCUCAUCCGAAACUUAAUUUAUUGCUACUAAGUGCUGUCGUGAUGAAUUAAAUUUAUAUAUACAUUUACCUAGCGUAAAACAGGUAAAAGUACGUAUAUUUCAAAUAGCAGCCGGCGCAAAAUGUGCUUUCCAUCAAUGAAGUAUGAUACAAAUCUAUUGAAAUUGUAGCUGCGAGAUAUUUUACAACCAAGUGCACAUUAUAAACUAAAAUACGAGUAAAUAUAAAAAUUUGUAGCGUUAUGUCAAUGUUAAUGCUUAUUUGAUCUGAUCUUCUCCAAUUGAAUAACGAAACUGAACUCUCAGCCCAACCUUCAAACAAAACGCAUUCAUUUGCAUUUAAUUUUCAAUAAGUGGAAAUUUAAUUUCUAAACUCACACAAACACACACAAAAGUGCCACAACAAACAGUAAAUUUAAUCAAGAAGUAAGCCUAACGAGAGAAAUUCCAGAAAGGAAAAGCGCAUUGGAAACACGCUGUAUUUGAAGUUGUGUAUGAAAUUGAUUUGGCCUUACUUUUAGUUAUUUAUUAAAACCAAUAUGUACUUUAACGAUAUAACUAUCAUAAUAACAAUUACGAUUAUCAUUGUGAAUAUAAUAGUUUUUAGCAAUGCAAUACAAAAGUUUCAAUAAAGAGCAAUGUGAAAAACUUUGUAUAAACCACAAGGCACACCUAUCAUCCAUUAAGAGAACAAGAAAACACAAACGCCGCACUUCUCUCGUCGCGAGUAUUCAAAAACUAGCCAUUUAUUUGAUUUUAGUGUUCAUAGCUCUCAUUGUUAUACAACAAAUUGUAAACAUAACGUCAAUUUCAUUCUUUUGACAUUUGUUGGUCAUAUUUUGGUUUUUUCUUUUUUGUUUGUUUUGGGUAAGUCAGAGUGUUGGGUUUCAUCCAGGCGGCACCUCAGGGCGCGCACAAAGCUCAGAUCUCCCCGCUCGUGCAGCAGGCAAAGGCAUCCUCAUAUUAUUGCCUGCCGGCAAGGAGCGAGCUGCUAUGCGGCCCUGUACGUGUCGCCCAGAGACAAUUACAUAUUUGAUUUGAUUGUGAUUUUGACAUUUGAUAAACUCACUGAAUUGCCAUAUCAUAUCAUGCUUGGCACAUAACUUACUCAACGGACCAUUGACAUUUUUUUAUAAUAUGCUCGUUAACAAUAUAAUCGUAAAUAAACAUAA